GAUUGGGAGUGCUGGUUACCAUUCCUUCUCUUCGCCUAUCGUGAGGUGCCGCAAGCAUCAACCGGGUUCUCCCCAUUUGAACUCCUGUAUGGGUGGGAUGUUCAGGGACCAUUAGACCUGCUGAGAAAAAGCUGGGAUGCAUCAGAGACCUCAUCCAGUGCCAAAGGUGUGGUCCAGUACGUGCUGCAGAUGAGAGGUCGGCUUGCUGAGUACCAGGAAGAAGCUGAGAAGAACCUGCUGCAGGCCCAGCAGAAGCAAAAGAGGUGGUAUGACCAGCAGACACGGCAAAGGGUCUUAAGUCCUGGACAGAAGGUGUUGCUUCUCCUGCCUUCAUCCAUCAGCAAGCUUUUGGCAAAGUGGCAAGGGCCCUAUACCAUCAGCCGACAGCUAGGACCCACCACCUAUGAAGUCUACCAUCCUGACAAAAAGAAAGCUACACAGGCUUAUCAUGUGAACUUGCUAAAGGAGUGGAAAGAACUAUCAUGUCCAGCUCCAGAAACAUCAUGCCUGUUGAGGCCGGUGGAGGAGGAAGAAGAGAUUCCUGGCAUUGAAGUGAUGGUUGAACAGUCAACCCCCAAUCUCAGCCACUUGACCUCACACCAAGCCUCACAACUUCAGCAGAUCUUCCAGAAACUGUCUCCUCUCUUUUCUCCUAAUCCAGGCCGGACCUCCUUGAUUGAGCAUGCAAUUCGACUGAAAGAGAAGCAGCCAAUUCGUCAACGCCCAUAUAGAGUUCCACAGCAGUUGGUGGGGCAGCUGCGAGAUGAAGUCGAGACCAUGCUAACGUCAGAAAGGUUAAUGCAGUUUCAGAGUUUGAUGCCUAUCCCAUGCCCAGGGUGGAUGAGCUGCUGGAAAGGAUUGGAAAAGCCAAGUUCAUUACCACUCUGGACCUGUGUAAAGGGUACUGGCAGGUUCCAUUGGAGCCUUCAAGCAGACAGUACACAGCAUUUCGUACCCCUUCUGGUCUUUUCCAAUUUACUGUUAUGCCAUUUGGCCUGCAUGGUGCUCCAGCCACCUUCCAGCGGCUAAUGGACAAAGUGCUGCGAGGAAGUGAAGACUACAGCGCUGCUUAUCUCGAUGAUGUAAUUGUUUACAGCAAUAGCUGGGAGGAGCAUGUCUCACAUCUAGCAAGAGUGUUGGAAAAGAUUGGAGGAGCAGGACUGACACUUAACAUAUCAAAGUGUGUUUGGGCACAACAGGAGACCAGAUACCUGGGUUACCAGCUGGGGAGAGGAGAGG